AUGACCUCAUUCAACUUUAUUAACUCAAUCAUUGGUUCUGGCAUCAUUGGCAUGCCCUUUGCUCUGAGACAAGCUGGCUUUGGGAUGGGUCUGAUCCUCAUUGUCCUGGUAGCCUUCGUCACAGAUUAUUCUAUCCUGCUACUUGUGGAAGGCGGUCACCUCUCCAACACAGACACCUACCAGGACAUGGUGUUGGUGGCUUUUGGGCGGCCAGGAUUUUACCUGCUGACAGUGUUACAGUUCCUGUACCCAUUUAUUGCCAUGGUGAGCUACAAUGUCAUCAUUGGAGACACAAUCACCAAAGUGGUCGGCUGGAUGGGGGGAGAGAAUCCAACCCUGCUGCACUCAGUGUUGGGCAACCGACAGUUCAUCAUCGUGACCAUCACUGUGUUGGUCACCCUGCCAUUGUCCCUCUACAAGGACAUAGCCAAGCUGGGAAAGUGGGCCUUUUUGUCAAUCCUCCUGAUUUUCUUCAUCAUGAUUGCCGUCAUCAUCAGACUGAGCACAUUCAUUGGGAAGAUCACCCCCACACAGGAUGCCUGGGAGUUUGCCAACUACAAUAUAUCACAGGCUGUGGGCAUCAUGGCAUUUGCAUACAUGUGCCACCACAGCAUGUUCCUCAUUCACUCGUCCCUGGAGAACCCCACCAAGAAGCGCUGGGGGUUUGUGACCCACUUCAGCGUCUUGUUCGCCAUGGUCAUGCUGCUGAUUCUGGGCAUCACAGGCUACGCUUCCUUCACAGGAAACACAGAAGGUGAUUUGCUAGAAAACUAUUGCAGAAAUGACAUUCUGAUGAAUAUAUCACGUCUGUGCUUUGCCAUCACCAUCAUGCUGACCUAUCCUGUUGAGUGUUUCGUCACCAGAGGGGUGGUAGAAAAUGUAAUUUUUCCAUCCAACCCGGAGGCUCCACUCUGGAGGCACGUCACUGUCACAAUAGUCAUCGUGGCCCUGACUGCUGCUGUAUCCAUGACAACAGACUGUCUUGGGGUGGUCUUGGAGUUGAAUGGUGUGAUUGCAGCAGCUCCGUUGGCUUACAUCAUCCCUGCUGCUUGUGUCAUGAGGCUGAGACAGGAGGCCAUUUUCUCUCGGCGAAACAUUGCUCCCAUCCUGCUGAUGGCGUUUGGUGUGGUGGUUGCUGUAGUUGGCUUCAUCAUGGCCAUCAUCAACAUAUUCCAUGGCUCUAGCUGUAGCCAUGGCAAGGAGCCCGCCUACUGCCUGCAAUCUGACAACAUCACACAUCACAUCUCCACUACUACCAUGUUUCCUACCACGGUUGUUUAA